CUAUGAAAAAUUACAAGCAGACAUUUGUGGCCUUUUUCACGGAAAAAAGAAGAGUUCUCAAAAUAGACGCUAGCUCUGAUAAAAAAUCCUCCGAUAAGGAGAUGAAAGAAGACGAUGAAAAAUUCAACAUGAAUCGAUUCUAUUCAAAGAAAUCCAGUGAAAAAAAGAAAGGGCAAGGAAAACAUCACUGGGCUGUUUUAAGAAGUGCUCUGCUGUUUGUCAGUGUGUGUCGGAGAGCCACGAAUUCUAAGAUGAGAAAGGAGGAGAGGGAAAUAUCAGAAGAACAAAGAUAUCCAAUCUUCUUAGGUCAGGUCUACACUGAUAUAGAAGCAGAUAAACCAGAAAGUAAUGAAAAAUAAAGGCACUGUACACUUAAUGUCAAGAGACUCUUUAUUAAUUGCAUUUUCGAUUCACACCGGUACCUCCAGGAAAUUACGAGAAUUAAAACAUUUUCUUAACUUAAACAACAAUAUCCGAAAAAGAGAUAGCGGGUACUCUGGUGAAUCUGGUAUGCAGGUGCGUUAACUUGAGGGUCUCAUAAAAUUAGGUUUACAGUCCCUUUAACUUAAUCAACCAUCAAGACGAAUCCCUAUAUUAUUGAAUGGUAUAUGUUAAUUAGAAUAUAUUUGUAAAUAAAUGUAUUUAUC